UUCAGCUCUUAAUACAGAAGUGUUUUUUCGAAUUCAUAUUCUCAUUAUUUCAUGUAGUUUAGUAGUGAAAAGUGCGCAUUUUUUUCAUUUCAUGUAGUAUACUUGGAUAGCGUGUGUUCCAGUAAAGAUGCAAAUUAGAUGAUCAGAAAAGCCACAGCAAACAAGAGCUGCAAACGCCACCAACGCUCAAAUCUAUGGCGAAAUUGCACGAACUUCCGAACCCUGAAGCAAAUCCACGCCUUGAUGGUAGUCAAUGGCUUUAACUCCAACUCCCAUGCUCUCAGAGAACUCAUCUACGCCUCUGCAAUUGCGUUGCCAUCUGCCAUCCAUUAUGCCCACCAACUUUUCGCUGAAAUCUCCGAACCAGAUAUCUUCAUGUGGAACACCUUGCUUCGAGGCUCUGCUCAGAGUUCCAAGCCAUCCGUUACUAUGCCGCUCUAUGCCCAGAUGGAAAGACAUUACGUAAGGCCUGAUUGUUAUACGUUUCAAUUUGUGCUCAAGGCAUGUACUAGGCUUUCUUGGGUAAAUUCUGGGAAGGUUGUGCAUGGGAAAAUUGUGAAACAUGGGUUUGAAUGGAAUAAGUUUACAAGGAAUACCCUUAUAUAUUUUCAUGCGAAUUGUGGGGAGAUAAGGAUUGCCAGGGCACUUUUUGACGAUAUGGCGAAGAGGGAUGUUGUUGCCUGGUCUGCUAUGACUGCUGGAUAUGCAAGGAGAGGGGAGUUGAGCAUGGCAAGGAGGCUUUUUGAUGAGAUGCCAGAAAAAGAUUUGGUUUCUUGGAAUGUGAUGAUCACGGGGUACGUUAAGCAAGGAGAGAUGGAGAGUGCGAGGGAGUUGUUUGAUAUGGUGCCAAAGAGGGAUGUUGUUACUUGGAAUGCAAUGAUUUCCGGAUAUGUUCUUCGCGCUGAGUAUCAGCAGGCCUUUGAGCUUCAGCGCGAGAUGAGGAGUGCUGGAGAGUACCCAGAUGAGGUUACCAUGUUGAGCCUCCUAUCUGCUUGUGCUGAAUCGGGAGCUUUGGAUGUGGGAGAGAAGCUGCAUUCGUCUAUUUUGGAUAUGGAUGAGGGGGAGAUAAGCAUUAUGCUUGGCAAUGCGCUCAUCGAUAUGUACGCUAAGUGUGGAAGCAUCGAGAAGGCUUUUCAAGUAUUCCAUGGCAUGAAAGAGAAAGAUGUCACAUCAUGGAAUUCCAUUCUAGGUGGCUUAGCUUUCCAUGGUGAUCCAGAGGAAUGCAUUAAUCUUUUUGAAAAAAUGAGAAGAACAAAGUUUGCACCCAAUGAGAUUACAUUUACCGGGGUACUGGUAGCUUGUAGUCAUGCUGGAAAAGUUGAUGCAGGGCGCAGAUACUUCAAUCUAAUGAAAAAUCAGUAUAAGAUUUUGCCAAACAUACGGCAUCUUGGUUGUAUGGUGGACAUGUUUGGGCGUGCUGGUCUAUUGGAGGAAGCUUUUGAGUUCAUAGACACCAUGGAGAUUAAGCCAAAUGGUAUCAUUUGGAGGACUCUGCUUGGAGCUUGUAAAAUUCAUGGUAAUGUUCAGCUGGGGAGGCGAGCAAAUGAGGCACUGCUCAAAUUGGAUCAUGAUGAGAGCGGUGACUAUGUGCUGCUGUCACACAUAUAUGCAUUGAAAGGUGAGUGGGAUGGUGCGGAAAAGGUGAGGAAGUUGAUGGAUGACAGUGGAGUGAAGAAAGAGGUUGGUUGUAGCCUAAUUGAGUCAGAGAACAGAGCUUUCCUCCAAUUUGUACUUGAUUCGAAACGUCAAAUAGAAUCCAGAAAUAGAACAAUAGUAGAUGUCAAAGCCAAGAAUGUCGAAUCUGUUACUUAAAAUCUGGGUUUCUCUUCUUUCCGUCAUCAGAGUUUCUAACAUUCAACUAUUGAUAUCUGAUUGUGCACAAUUCAUGUAUUUGUAGUCGUACUCCCAUGAGGAAAAAAGAAGAUUGACAGCGAAUAUCCAAAGUUGUGAUAUGGCCCAACAGAUGGUAGACACAACAAUAGGUAUAAUAAUAUUUUCAGUUCCAGGCAAGUGAAAAAAUUGUGUUUCACGAGAAAUUUUAUAGGAGUAGGUAUAGCACUUGUGGUAGAGUAUCUGAACAAAUUUGGUGUAAGAUUAUCUAAUUUGCGGGUGACUAAGAUUGAUCCCAGUUUGAUGAAGAAAAA